AUGAGAUCAAAAACACUUAUACUAGAUUUGGAUGAAACGUUAAUACAUUCUACAUCAAGGGGUUCAAGAUCAGAUACACACAUGAUUGAAGUCAUGGUAGAUAAUCAUGCUUGUUUAUAUUACGUUUAUAAAAGGCCAUAUGUGGAUUAUUUUUUGAAAAAAGUUAGUGAAUGGUAUAAAGUUGUUAUUUUCACAGCCUCUAUGCCUGAAUAUGCUGAUCCAGUUAUCGAUUGGUUAGAUCCUAAUAAAGACUUAAUAUCGGAUCGAUAUUUUCGUCAAUCAUGCCUCAAUCAUCAUGGAGCUUAUAUUAAAGAUUUAACGAUUGUCGAACCCGAUCUUUCAAAAGUUUGUCUGAUUGAUAAUUCACCUAUAUCUUAUGCAAUGCAUCAAG